AGCCAAUGUGGAAAAAGUGAAGAAAAUAAUGGAAAUUCAGACGGAUUGUCGUAAGAUAUGCGUUAUGGGGUUAGUGCCACUCAGCUGUUCAAGAUGGUUCUGUGUUCAAAGUAAAAUCCAAAAGGAAAAGCACCUGCUUUGUUGAUUAAAUUACCCCAAACAGUCUACGUGACGCCCAAGAUUUCUUCCUGAACUGUCUGCCCACGAAUUGCCACAAUGGAUUUUGGGACACUCCUUCAUGUGGCGAAGAAAAAGAGCCAAGAAUCAGCUGACAAGACACGAUGCUACAGUACUAAAUUUGCACCCCCGAAGAAGGAGAGCCGGGAUAAGAAGCUCUCGGCGAAUAUCCAGAAAUUCCUGGCGAAGAAGGAGCAGGAGGAGCGUGCGAAGGAGGAGGAAAAAGUGCGGAAGCGCAAUGAAUUGCUAGCAAUGCGUGACACCAAGUCCAAGAAUAAGAUAAAUAAAAUGCUCAAAGUGAUAAAGUCAGCGAAUAAGGCUGCAAUUGCCGAUGCAGUGGACACGGAGAAUACGGCUGUGACGCUGCACGGGCCUGAUCAGCCGGAUGAGGAUGACUAUGGGUAUGUGUCGCAGGAAGCGAGUGCCUUCUACUCCAAAAUGAUGGAGAAGUACAAGAGUCAACCGGAGGAGGAUAAAUUCGCUCCUGUUAGGCGGAAAAACAUCCCCGCCACGGCUCAGCCAGUUGAAGUGAGGAAGUCCUCAAAGGACACAAAGGAUCAUCCCCCUGUGAAGCGCAAUGACAUGCCCCCUCCGCCACAAGCAAAGGAGGAUAAACCCAAACCCAAGAAAGCUCCUCCGCCUCCGGUUGACUUUCAAUCUCUGCUCAAAUUGGCCGAGAAGAAGCAACAUGAACCCAUUGAGAUUGUUCAGGAGGUGAAGAAGAAGAAGGAACCCGAACGCCCACUAACGCAGAAGGAGAAGGAAGAACGUGAACAACGCUUAGCCAUCCUCAAAGCAAAGAAGCAACGCAUGGCUGAAGCAAUGGGGAAGAUAAAGCCUCCAAAUGGGAAUAUUCUCAAGAAAGCCCUCACUGGAGCUGCCCCUCCUGCACCUUCCACAAGCACCGCGAAAGACAAACCACCCCAACCGGGUACCUCGAAGAAGACAGAUCUGACCAGCAACACAAAAGAUGUGAAAGAUUCCCGGAAUUUGGUGGAAAAGAAACUUCCCGGAAAGGUGGAGAAAAUCAAUGGGAAAGCCCCGGAAAAGCCACAAAGGAGAGAGGGGGAAAGCAUCAAACCCCGACCGAGGGCAGAGACGGUAAAACCACGUGAAUCCCUGCUGAAAGAACCCCAGAAAACGAGAGAAUUCCCCCCGAAGGACGUUCAACGCCCAAAAGACCCUCAAAGGCCGAAAGAAGUGCAGAAAACACGAGAAUUCCCCCCGAGGGAUGUUCAGCGGGCCAGGGAAUUCCCCCCGAGGGAUGUUCAGCGUCCAAAAGCACGUCCGGAAGUCCGGAGACCACCACCAAAACGCAUGCGGAUUGAGGAUGACGACAGUGAGUACGAUUCCGAGAUGGAUGACUUUAUUGACGACGGAGACGCCGACGAUGACUACUCGAAGCACAUCCGGGAUAUUUUUGGCUACGACCGCAGUCGGUAUCGCGACGAAGAUGACGACGACAGGGACAUGGAAUCAUCGUUUGCACAGCAAAUGCGCGAGGAGCUUAUCAGUAAGAAGAUUGGAUUGAUGGAGGACCUCGAGGAUAUGCGGCAGGAAGAGCUGGAGAAGGAGGAAAAGCGACGGCGGAAGGAGAAGGAAAAGAAGCGAAGGACAUAGCUUAUAUUUUGUUAUUUUUUUAUCUAAUCAAUUAAUUUUUUUUUUGAGUCAUUUUGAGUAAAUUAAAGUGAAAAAAGUUUGUAAAGAUUGGAAUCAUUUUUGUAAGAUUUAUUUAUCCGGAAUUAUCCGCAAAAUAUGGACCAUGCAAUGAGUUACUUUCCCCCUGUUAAAAUUCCAUCAAAUUGGAGGAAUAAAAAAUUAUUUAAACAAUAAAAA